GCUGAGGCACCGGGGCCCCGACUGGAACGGAAUCGUAGUCGAAGAUAAUGAGGACGGAACGACCAACGUGCUGGCGCACGAGCGCCUGGCCAUCGUCGACGUCCUCUCGGGUCACCAGCCCCUCUACGACGACGCCAAGGAAGUGUGUCUGACGAUCAACGGAGAGAUCUACAACCACAUGGAGCUUCGAAAGCUCCUUCCUGAAGAUGUCAUAAAAAAUUUAACUAGCCAAUCGGACUGUGCAGUCAUUCCGAACCUGUACAAGAAGUACACUAAUAAAAUGCCUUCCAUGUUGAACGGGAUAUUUUCUGGAGUUAUAAGUGACCACAAAAAGAGCACCUUUUUUGCGUUUAGAGAUCCUAUAGGGGUUUGUCCUCUCUAUAUAGGAUACGCAUCUGAUGGGUCCAUUUGGUUCGCCUCUGAGUUUAAAGCACUAAAGGAUAGUUGCGUUAGGUACGUGAAUUUCCCUCCUGGGCAUUACUACAUCAACUGCAGAAAUAAAGGAGAGUUCGUUCGUUACUUUAAUCCCAAUUGGUGGGACCUAAGUGCUGCCAUUCCAAAUAAUAAAGCAGACUUGGAACAAAUUCGAGUGCAUUUGGAGAAGGCCGUGGUAAAGAGACUGAUGGGGGACGUUCCCUUCGGAGUGCUACUCUCUGGGGGGUUGGACUCUUCCAUCGUGGCUGCGAUAAUUUCCAGGCAUUUGAAGAAGAUCCACGGGGCAGGCGCAUCUCCCCUUAGCAACGAAGAGAGCCAUGGGAACAACCCUCCCGAGGAUUCCUGCCGAUUGAAGAGCUUCUCCAUCGGGCUGCGUAACUCUCCCGAUCUGAAGGCCGCAAAGGAGGUUGCAAAUUUUUUGGGGAGCCACCACACAGAGUUCCAUUUCACCGUGGAGGAGGGAAUCGACUCUCUGCACGAUGUGAUCUAUCAUAUAGAGACUUACGACAUCACAACGAUCCGUGCAUCUACCCCCAUGUACAUUCUUUCAAGGUUGAUAAAAAGUAGUUGUGUGAAAAUGGUUCUAAGUGGAGAAGGAUCAGAUGAAAUAUUUGGGGGGUACCUUUAUUUCCAUAUGGCUCCUAACCGUGAAGAGUUUCAUCGAGAGUUACAAAGGAAGGUGCAUGAUUUGCACAUGUACGACUGUUUGAGGGCAAAUAAAUCUACGAUGGCAUUUGGGAUCGAAGCGAGGGUUCCCUUUCUCGAUCUCGAUCUUUUAGAUGUAGUCAUGAAUAUUGAUCCCAAAGAAAAAAUGUGUUCAAAGGGGCAUAUAGAAAAGGAUAUACUAAGGAGAGCUUUCGCUGGCUAUCUGCCUGACCAUAUCCUUUACAGACAAAAGGAGCAAUUUUCCGAUGGGGUUGGUUACAACUGGAUUGAUGGUUUGAAGGAGUACGCGGAGAGUAAAAUUUCGGACAUACAAUUUUCACGCGCGCCGUUUUUAUUUCCAUAUAACACUCCCAAGACGAAGGAGGCUUACUUGUACCGAUGCAUUUUUUCUGAGUGCUUUCCGGAACAAUGUGCGCAGGAGUCUGUCCCGGAGGGGUCCUCCAUUGCUUGCUCGUCAAGCAAGGCGGUCGAAUGGGAUGCGUCGUUUAAGCAGAACUCAGAUCAGUCGGGCAGGUCCGUGCUGGGCGUGCACCACAGCGCCAAGCAGUUCUCCGAUGUGAAGCCCGUCCAGCUGCCCGACGAUGAGAGCAGGGCGCUUCUGUCAAGCGCAAGCUGA